CUUACGUCAUCACCGCGCGCUGCGGUGCUGCCGAGGAGGAGGCGCCAUGUUUAUGGCCUCCGGGCAGCAGGAGGGAUGCUGUUCUCGCUGCGGGAGCUGGUGCAGUGGCUCGGCUUCGCCACCUUUGAGCUGUUCCUGCAAGGUCUGGCACUGCUUGCCUUCUCCGUGCUGCUCGUGCUCAAAGUGGACGGGCAGGCGCCCGCGCUGUCGUGGUGGGGAGUCUUCGUGCCUUUCUUUGCAGCAGAUGGGCUCAGCACCUACUUCACCACCAUCGUGUCUGUGAGGCUCUUCCAGGAUGGGGAGAAGCGCCUGGCUGUGCUGCGGCUCUUCUGGAUCCUCACCAUCCUCAGCCUCAAGUUCGUCUUUGAGAUGCUGCUGUGUCAGAAGCUGGUGGAGCACACGCGGGAGCUCUGGUAUGGGCUCAUCAUGUCGCCCGUCUUCAUCCUCCUGCAGCUGCUCAUGAUCAGGGCCUGCCGGGUGAACUGAUGGAUCGAGAUGGGCUCAUCGUGUUGCCCAUCUUCAUCUUUCUCCAGCUACUCGUGAUCAGAGUCUGCCAGGUGAACUGACAUCUCUGGAUGGGUGACCUCACACCAGCUGGAUACAGGCUCAUUGUGUCACCCGUCUUCACCCACCUCCAGCUGCGGAUGAUCCAGGUGAACUGAUGGAUACAGAUGGGCUCAACAUGUCACCCAUCUUCAUCCUUCUCCAGCUACUCGUGAUCAGAGCCUGGCGUUUGAACUGAUACCUCUGGAUGGGUGCCCUCACCCCAGCUGGAUAUGGGCUCAUUGUGUCACCCAUCUUCAUCCUCCUCCAGCUAUUCAUGAUCCAGGCCUGCCAGGUGAACUGGCAACUCCGGAUGGGUGCCCUUAUCUCAGCACCUACUUCACCACCAUCAUGUCCCUGAAGCUCUUCCAGGAUGGGGAGAAGCGCCUGGCUGUGCUGCGGCUCUUCUGGAUCCUCACCAUCCUCAGCCUCAAGUUCAUCUUCAAGAUGCUGCUGUGUCAGAAGCUGGUGGAGCACACACGGAAGCUCUCAUAUGGGCUCAUCAUGUCACCCGUUUUCAUCUUCCAGCAGCUGCUCAUGAUCAGAGCCUGCCAGGUGAACUGGUGGGUCAAGAUGGACUCGUCCUGUCUCUCAUCUUCAUCCUCUUACAGCUGCUCAUGAUCCUGUCCUGCUGGGUGAGCUGAGGGCUCAGGAUGGGUGCCCUCACCCCGGCUGGGUCAUGCCUCACCGGGGAGCCUCAGAUUCGCAGUGAUGCCCGGCUGUUCCCCAUCUCUGUCUUUGCAGCCUGGUAGGCGGCAGGUCCCGCGGGCCCAGGCUGCAGUUCCCCGCCGUGCUGUAUAGCAUCGCAUUUCUUCAAGAGGUCCUUCUGUGCUGCUUCUUUGUUCCAGUUCACUCAGCUCUUGAUAUCGGGCUGAAUGUAUCCUGCCACGCAAGCGCUGUUUGAUAGGCCAGUUAUUUUAGUUAAAAAUAAAAACUCAUGGAAGGAUUA